CAGCCUCCCUGGCUUCAAAAAAAUUCACACGUGCUUCAUAAAAAUGCCUUCAAAAGCACUUUUGAAAAUAUUAUUAUUGACGUUGAAUAGUGUAAAUUGAUUAAAUUCAUACCUCGUUUGCUAUUGAAGGUGAACAUGAGGGUGUUGUGCAAGUUCUGUUGAGAUACAGACAUGUUUCGAUAUAGGCAAGUCUGAAUUGCAACAAUGACGACAGACGCAGCAAAACCCGUUACAGCUGUAACCAGUGUGCUCUCAUACUCGUUUGCAGCGACAAAACUCAACGAUCCGCACAGUUGCUUUUGUGAAGUUACAACUACAAAGAGCCUGGCGCUGCUCCCGAGAUUCCUGUCUAAUAUCAAGAAUGGCAUCACUGAUCAGCUUGAUAGGGAACUCAACAUUUAUUCAGAGAAGUUAAAUGGUGUCCUUAUCGCCUAUAAAAACAUUAGGCUAAAGAAUUACAGUGGAACUGUUAUCGGCGAUGAUCCACUUAUUUAUGUAGAUAUUGUAGCUGACCUGAUGGUCUUCAAACCAGAGCUGGGAUGCACAUUGGAAGGCGUUGUGAACAAAAUUGGUAGGGACCACAUUGGUUAUCUGGUGCAUGGUUGUUUCAAUGCUUCAACCGACAAACCGACAAACUCGAAGAAUGAUGUGCUGAAGGUCGGAGAUGCUGUGCUCUUGGAUGUUGCUCUGCUACUGCCUGUGAAUGGUGUCCUGACCAUUUGUGCCACCAUCAAUGAGGAGAGCUUGGAAGGUUUGAAAGCAAAUAUUUCUGGUAAAAAGAAAAAGAAACAGUCGAUGCCAGUGCAAAUGGAAUUCACUAUCGAUGGGAAAAAAAAGAAUUCCGACUCCGGUGGCAGUGGAGUUGACAUUGAAUGUACAUCUUCGAAACAACAGUCACGCCUUGACUUGUGGAUGACGCCAAAGAAGAGAAAAGCUGGCGAUGAUUAUGAAACUGCUGAGGAUGGGCAUCCGGCAAAGAAAACCAAAAUGUUAUUUCCGGAAAGGCAAACUAAAGUUGCGUCACCUGUGAAUGAUGAGGUUGUUGAUAUUGAUGCUGAGUCGGAGGGUUUUGUGGGGGUAGAGGCUGAUGAUUCUGGUUUAAAUGAUACAUUGGGCACUCAACUUGUUCAGAAAUCCGAUGAGAAAAAGCGUUUGAAGCAGGAGAGGAAGGCACGAAAAAGGGAAUUAAAGGAGGCGAGGAGAAGGGGACUAAAUGAGACAAAAACGAAGCUUGAGAGUGUUUCAGAAAUCGAGACGGCUGAGUCUGACUCAUAUGUCACCGCUGACUCUCAUGUUAUUCACACACCAGAUGAGGUGGAGUCGGAGAAAAAGAGAUUGAAACAAGAGAGGAAAGAGAAAAAGAGGCGGGAGAAAUCAAAAGUUGCCAAUGUUGAUGUAGAAGCUGUUUCAGGAAUCGAGGGCAUCGAGUCUGACUUGUAUGAAACUGCAGACUCUCUUGUGAUUGAGACUCGAGAUGAGGCAUCAGUGGAAAAACAGAGGUUGAAACAGGAAAAGAAGGCGAGAAAGAAGAAAUCAGAUCAGAGGAUACCAAAGGUCCUCGAUAUUGACACAGAAAAUGUUUCCACUCUAGUAAUUCCUACAGCACAUGAUGCAAUGUCGGAGAAAAGGCGGUUGAAACAGGAAAGGAAAGCAAAAAGAAAGGAAUUAAAGCGUGAGAAAAAGAAAGCAGCGAAGAAAGAAUUAAAGAAGGCUGAAGAAGAGAUCGGUGCAAGGAUUGUUAGCAGCUUUGCGGAAUCUGAGAAAUUGAUUCCGAAGUCGGUCAGUGCUAAGGUGUCUAAAACUGGCAAGGCUGCGGCUGAAAAGAAAACAAUUUGUGACAUCUCGGACAGUGAUUCAUCUUCUGAUGACUUUGUAUUUGUCGGGAGUCCGCUAUUGAAAACUGAUAACCUGAAGCGGAAACCUUUGCCUGGUGUAAGUACGCCUUUGUCGGCUCGUGUGACAGGUUCCUCGACACUAAAACAGCCACCAUCUUCGUCUGUUGUGCCUGCCGGGGUUGGCGCUGUCAGCAAAAGUAGGAAGGAACAUAAAAAGGACAAGAAUGAAUCGGCUUUGUCACCUAGUAGUGGUGGUUCUGAGCACAAGAAAAAGCGUGACAAAAAUAAAUCUGCUGGUCUCAUGGUGAACUCCCCGCUUGCUUUUACUGAGAUAAAGGACAAGAAAGGAAAGAAAAACAAAAUUGGUGACUCUGUUCUGAAUGUGAGUGAUUUGCCUCACCUGACACUUACUGGUAAGAAGCACAAAAAGAAUCGCAAGGAAUCUGUAGGGGAUGCAUCUGCUGGUAAUUACCUGAAUGAUUCUGGUGAAUUGGGGUCAAAAGACAGUCUUCUUGAUUCACCGGUUGUCGGUUCAAAGAAAAAGCCUAAGAAAAAGAAGUUUGAGCUUGGUGCGUCUCCUUCCCCUAUGCCCAUUCAUGAUUUGGAAAGCACAAUGAUUCACCCGUCAAUAGGUCAGCAUCGGAAAAGUGACUUGUUUAUUUCUCCCAUAGUCAGUGAGAGUUUGUCAACGUCGCCUCCCAGUGGUAAAAAACUCAAAACUCAAAAGGCAGUGAUUGAGUCUCCAUCCCAUGUUCAUUCCAAAGUCAGAAAGAGGGCCGACAUCGAGAUUUUGAAAAAUUCUAUGACAGUUGCUUCGACCUGCCAAGUUGAUGUUUCUCAACACGACGAUUUGUCGGAUGGGAAGAAGAAGCACAAGAAGAAGAAGAAGUCUAAUGAUAAAGACAGGUCUUCCUUGGUAGAUUUGAACAUGACAGGAGUAAGUGUGCUGGACUCUGGUUUAAAAAAGAAAAAAUACACCAAGUCUUCUGCAGCAAGUUGUGAUUCUGACGCGUCAAAAUUCUUAGAAUCAAAAACUGGUACGAUAUUUGACUAUUUUGCUCCUUGUCCAAUGGGGGAAAAACUACCACGGAAGCGAAAUGAUAGUACUGUUUCCAUGCAAAGUGAACUUGAGGUGUCGACUGAAAUUAAGAAGAAAAAGAAGAAGAAAUCAAAAGAAAAGGAUUCUGAUCGAGUUGUAGAUGCAGCGCAGACUAUCAAAGUUAGCUCAAAAAAGCGGACAAGAGAUGCAUCGCCUUCAGGUACAGAUUUAGAACGUCCAACAAAGAAAUCUAAGAAAAGUAAGGACUUACUAAAGAUAUCAGAUCCACGCCAAUCACUGCAGAACGAAUUUUUAGAAAAAGCGUCAAAAUCUUCGAAAAAAAAGCAUUCGAACGAUGAUGACGACUCUGGGGUGAAUUCGUUGGCAUCUUCUAUGCUCUCCAUUUCCAAUCAGGGGGUUGGUGUUACAGGUGCAUCGGUGGAUGCUGGUCUGGUCAGUAGUUCUCUUAAGUUCGAGGUUUCUAAAAAGAAGAAGAAAAAGAAGAGAAAGAAGAAAAGAGACGGUGAAGUUCAAUAGAAGUGCUGCGAGUUGUGCGUGCACGAUGCCUCCAUUCAACAUAUUGAGGUGUCUUUGAUCGGAUUGCUUGAGGUUGAGUUCCUCUAACAUGGCUGAUGUCUUCUGUCUGAGGUUCAAAGUUUCAAAGACUUAACAGUGAGGUUCAGAUGAGUCCCUACCGUCACAACUCUCUGUCAGAGAGUCGCAUACAAUUUGUUACUACCACAGUUUUACUUUCUUAGAAAACCGGUAUUAGUUAUGUGAGAACCUGUACUUUCAUUGGUCCAGUUUGGACAUCGCAUUUAGUUCACUUCCUUUGGUAAUUUAUGGUAAUUUUGUUUUCAUAGCAGUAUUACGAUUGUCAACAAUAAACUUGAGAUCAGUUGAAAGAUUCUUUUUAGACAAUGAUGUAUGUACAUCUAUGUUUUAGUUAUACAUGCAAAAUGUUAAAAUUGACAUCAGAUUGAAUUUGAAACUGUUUUUUGCGUUGCAUGUAACUACAUUAUACCACCAUUCUGUCAUUUUGCAUACAUGUAAAUGUGUGUGAUCAGCUUUGCUGUUAAUUGUAGACUUUAUGUUAUUUUGUUGUUAAUAACCAUGUUAUUGUGAUUCACUGAAUGUGUGACCCACUGUUACAAAAAAGUCGACAAUAAGAUUGACGUGAUAGAAAAAAUUAGAUUAUUGCAAUAUAGAAUAUUGACAAUGUCACAACCUUGUCCUGUGAUAUUUAUACCCGUUCCAUCUUCAUAUAUGUAGUUCAAAACGGCAGUGAUUUGUGGAUUAGAAGACCAUUUUUAUUAGCAACAUCUUGUUUGCUGUUGAAAGUAUUCAAACUUGCAUGUGUUUUGCCGCAGUGGGUCGCACAAAAGAUUGGUUGAUGUUGUUGCUGACUGAGCAAAAUCGAUUGUGUUCCAGUGACGCGUCACAUUAUUUAAAGUUAUCUAUGUGGACGUAGUCCAUUCCUGAUGAAAUGUUUAUUUUUGAAAUUUUGGCGGUCAUCGCCAAGUGUAUUUGUACAUAAACUGUAAUUUGUUGACAUUUUGAACAGAUACCAAACAAAUUUUAAAUAGUCUCUGUGUAAUGACAUGUAACCCUCUAAAGGCCUACGCUGUCCGUUAAAAAUUUUAGAUUUGUAAUAGAAGGUGAUACAGACUAGAUAUAAAUUACUGUUUUGUAAACAGCUACAAGUAUACAAAUACCAUAAAUACCUAGUUUCAGCGACUUCGUAUACAUAGCAACUGCCCUAUCGCAUUGUGCAUUGUGCACAACUGUCUUUCUAUUUUUCUGGACAACCAGUUAUUACGAACGGCAUAUCCCUUUAAGCACUUGAUGAGAAAUGUCCAUGAUUGUGAUGAUCUGAAUUGCCGAAUAAAAAAGAUGAAAGGUGGAAAGUGUUUUUAAAAUCAUGAUUAAA